AUGACCAAGACAUUAUUCCUUCUCCACCCGACGGUGGUGACCCAGCCGGCACUCGUUGAUGAAUAUAAGCACCGGGUAGCUCUGGUGCUGCUGCUGCUGCAUCAGCAGGUCGUCGACCGCGUGGCCAGAGGCGAGGUGGCGCUCGACAAUGAUUACACCACCAUCGUCUAUGUUAACCCCGAUCUGAGGUCAGCCCCCGUUCCUGGCCCGUUGAUGCAGUUGUUGUUUAACUCGUUAGUGGCUGGUGGCGAAGUUCGUGGCGACUUACCUCUGGAUUCUCUGUUGGACGUAAUCAUGGCGGGCUUCGUCGAAGACGACGACGUGGCGCUGUUUGGUGGCAAAAAGUGGGUGAAACCCGACUUAACAGCAGCAGCUCCCGUGCUGUUGAAACGCAAACCCGAAACGACCAAUACUGCACCCAAGACGCUGGCCAAGCUUGCGUUUUUGAAUAAACCAGCCCUGAAUUACGUCGCUGAGUCGCUGCUUGUGAGUAACGAUGCUGGCGAUGACGACUCCGUGGCCGUGGGCGAUGACGUUAUUCGGUUACCCCAAGGUUGUACGUUUAAGAAGCGGCGGAAGGCGUGUAAGGACUGUACCUGUGGCCUUAAAGAGAUCGAGGAAGCGGAGAUUGUCGAGCGCCAGCUGGCUCAGCUGAGAGUGCUUGCGCUGAUGGCGCGCAGCGCUACCAAAGAAGCCGAGGCGAUCGAAGCUCGUAUCGCUCAAAGACAAGCGGCGGCGGCGGCGCUGGGUCCGGCAGUGAAGUUUACUGCUGACGAAUUAGCAGAAAUCGAUUUCACCGUCCCGGGGAAAACCGGAGGCUGUGGUCUGUGUGCCUUGGGCGAUGCCUUUAGAUGUGACGGGUGCCCCUUCCUCGGGCUACCGCCAUUUAAGCCCGGUGAAGCCAUCAAAAUCGAUAUGGACUAA